AUGGAGAAAUCUCGCCUGCGCGUGAUUAUAUGGAAUGAAUUCAAACGCGGAAAUACUGCGGCAGAAACCUUCAGAAUCAUAAACGAAAAUGAGGGUAAGAAUGUUGUGAGUUAUUCUACGGUGACCAGAUGGUUCGCAAAGUUUCGUGUGGACGAUGAGAAGCUUGAAGACAAACCACGUGCAGGAAGACCCAGCAAACUUGACAAAGAUGCCCUGAGGCGCAAGAUUGAAGAUGACCCACAUAUUACAAUCCGGGAGUUAGAAGAGUUACUAAACUGUGGAAAAAGUACCAUUGGUGAUCAUUUGAAGGCAAUUAUGGUCAAAAAGUUGGACAAAUGGGGGCCUCACAAUUUGACUGAUCUGGGAAAAGCCAAGAGACGAUGUGCUUCCGAAAAGCUUCUGCAACGCUGCAAAAACGAAGAAUUCUUGGAUCGAAUUGUAACUAUUGACGAGAAGUGGAUCUCGUUUAACAAUACUAGAAGAUCUACAAGUUGGUGUAAGCGUGGAGAAGCUCCUAAGCACGUUCCGAAGCCAGAAUUGCACGAAAAGAAGCUUAUGGUGACUGUCUGGUGGUGUAGCUCUGGAGUGAUCCAGUACCAUUUCAUGACACCUGGCCAAAGUAUUACGGCCGACACCUACUGUGCCCAGAUUGACAAACUGCAACACAAUCUUCCAACAAUGGUCAGAAGGAGGGGUCCGAUCAUUCUGCAGGAUAACGCACGGCCCCAUGCUGCAAAGAAGACCGUGGCAAAAUUCAGGGAACUGGGAUACGAAGUCUUGGAGCACCCUCCUUAUUCUCCAAACUUGGCUCCAACGGACUUUCACCUUUUUGAACACUUGUCUUCGUUUCUUAAUGGAAGAAUCUUCAAAACUCCAGACGAUGCCAAGAAUGCCUUUAAGAACUUCAUCAACUCCAGAAACCCAGAAUUCUACAAUCGUGGAAUAAAAAAGCUUGUAAAUCGUUGGCAAGACUGUAUUGAUUCAGACGGUAAUUACUUUGAUUGA